AAGUAUUGGAACACCCCUCCAAAUCAUUGGAUUGUGGUGUUCCAAUUACCUCCAUGGCUACUGGUGUAUAAAAUCAAGCACCUCGGCAUGCAGACCGCUUCUACAUUGAGAAAGAAUGGGUCGCUCUCAGGAGGUCAGUGAAUUCAAGUCUGGUACCGUGAUAAGUUGCCACCUGUGCAAUAAGUCCAUCCAUGAAAUUUCCUUGCUACUAAAUAUUCCACGGUCAACUGAUAGUAGUAUUAUAACAAAGUGGAAGCAGCUAGGAACAACAGCAACUCAGCCCACCACUGGACUCUAGAGCAGUGGAGACGUAUUCUCUGGAGUGAUGAAUCAUGCUUCUCUGCCUGGGAAUCUGGUGGAUGUGUCUGCGUUUGGCGGUUGCCAGGAGAAUGGUACUUGCCUGACUGCAUUGCGCCAACUGUAA